AUGGCGGAAGCGAGUAUUUUCAUAAAGCAUGAUCCUGACGACCACAACAGUGACCGCAAACAUUUCAUGAUGUCGCACGCCGGCUAUUCGAUGCCCAACCAAUACGGCAGCACCAAUGACGGUGUUGACCCCUCCGAACUGACCAUGCACAACAGUGGAUUCAUGCCAUAUAACUUUGGGUCCCAAAGUUUCAACUUCGGCGGCAACUCGGGAAUUGACACGGAUGAGUUGCUCGACUUGGAGAUUAAUGGACAGAAUGGCAUCCAGCGCGCUGAUAGUAUGAACUUCCUCCAGGAGCAACACUCGAGCGCUGGAAUUUCGAUGAGUCACCCAAAUCAGAUGUCCCAGAUGUACUCAAAUACGCCUGAUGGGGCUCCGAUGCAUAGUCCCUUCCUGCAUAACAGUUUCAAUUAUGACCAUUUCCGAGCCAUGAACCAGCAGCAGCCGGGUGCGCAUAUGCAAAAUGCCGGCUCCCAUUUUGAGCAGAACUACAUCAAUACCAAAGGACGGCCCAAUCUGCAGACCAUGGAUCGUUCCGCUGAUGGCCGUAGCCCUAUGACACCCAAGACCCCUGCCUUGGGUGGCUUAACCCUUGGAACACCGGAGUCCGGCAGUUUCCCAACGGCACAGCCCAUCAGGACUGGAUUGCACCCUCGUCACCAAAAGACUCUUUCGAACCAGUGGGACGGAACCCCAGGAAGUGCUCAUUCAUUCGGAGUUGAAUCUCCCAUCUCAUCUCCUCCCAAUCCCCACCAUGUUGGAAUCUCCGAGAUUCUGAAAUCGGGCAAGCAUGCUUCCUUGCCGGCCAAGGUUGAUACACACAUGCCCGGAACUGCCCAGGAUUUGGAGUCACAGGAAGCCAAGCGACGUCGUCGGAGGGCGUCGCAUAACCUGGUCGAGCGUCGUCGGCGCGACAAUAUCAAUGAGCGCAUCCAGGACCUGUCCCAUCUCGUCCCCCAGCACCGACUAGAGGACGACAAGGUCCGGAAGCAACUUGUUAACAACACCGCCAUGUCUAGCACUGGAGCCAGCGCCAACGCAGCCACGUCGUUGUUGGCCGGUGGCAACGGUCGUCGCGCAGCGGGCAACAUUACCAUGGGGUUGCCGAUCGAGGAAAAGGAAAAGGGCCCGAACAAAGGUGACAUUCUGAACGGGGCCGUUGGCUGGAUGAGAGAUCUGAUGUGGUCGCUACAUGUGAAACUCCAACAGGAAGCUGAACUGGCGGAGCUCAUCAGCAGCUUGGGAGGCACUUGGCCUUUUGAGCAAACCGAAGAAGAGAAGCGCAUGCGCACGGAGAUCCUGGAUGCGCUGGAGAAGAACGAUCCUAGUUCCUUCAGCUACAGCCGCGCACCGGGCAGUGGGCUCCGAGUGCCGAAGCAUACCAACAUGGCUGGAGACUCUGUCGCCUCCAAUGGCGGUUUGAGUCCACAGAACUUGAGCCCCUCGUUCAACAGCGGGGCUAGUAGCAACAGCGGGACUGGCCAGGCCCAGUACUGGAGCAGCUCCGGCCAUGCGGGAAUGAGCUUCAAGGAGGAAGAUGAGUACGCAAUGGAAAUGAACUAG